UUGUGACGAACCAUCUAAAAUUGUCAAAGAAAAAAGUAUAUAAUAGAAAUAUUACACAUGCAUAGUAAAAGUAGUGUUGAGAGGUAAUUGUAUGUUUAAGUACAGUUUUUGUUAGAAAGUUGCUUUCUUCCAGAUAGUUUUGUCAAUUCACCGUUUUAUAAAACACUGAUAGCAAAGUGGAAUAUAGUACCAUUGAAAGAAAAAUAACGUGUUAUUAAUUGUGACGUCUAGUAUUACAUAGUUUACAACCAUGCUAAGCGUAUUAUUAAUCUUCUCAACAGUCAACCAAGUCUUUUCUGCUAGAAUAUUAGGAUUCUUUCCAACUCCUUCCAUCAGCCACCAAGUCAUAUUUCAGCCUAUCUGGAAGGAAUUGUCACUUCGUGGGCACAACGUCACAAUAAUAUCUCCAAAUAUUAUUGGCGAUCCAACCCUAAUCAACUUAACAGAACUUGAUAUGGGAUUCACAUAUGAUCUAUUGAAGAAACCUGAAAACAAUAUUGGGAAAAUCAUGAGAAAAGGGAACUAUCCGAUUUAUAACAUACAUUAUGCGUUUUGUGUUGUGGAAUUAGCAAUGACUAUGAUGUUUGAGUCUCCACCUGUGCAAAAGUUAUUGAAGGACGAUUCGCAACAAUUUGAUUUGAUAUUGCUUGAAGUACUUCAACCAUUAGCAAAUAUCUUUUCUGCAAAAUAUAGGGUCCCAACAGUUGGUAUACAAUCACUGCCAGGUAUUUUAUCAACUCAUGACAUGGUUGGCAAUCCAACAAAUCCUGCAACAACGACAGACUUGUUCUUACCUUUUGACGAUAACAAAUCAUUCCCAGAAAGGAUUAAAACGGUUCUCCAUCAAAUAAUCUUCAGAUUGUACUGGAAUUGGUAUUUAUUACCCAGGAUUGAUACAAUUGCCAGAAAAUAUACAAGUGAUAAUAUUCCAUACAUAGGAGACGUUGAAAAGAAUGUUAGUUUGUUGCUUUUAAAUACAAAUGUGGUGAUGAAUUAUCCAAGACCAAAUGUCCCCAGCAUUGUAGAAAUUGGACAGAUGCACAUUAAGCCAAAGAAGCCUUUACCUAAAAGUUUGAAAGCUUUCUUGGACAAAUCAAAAAAAGGAGUUAUUUACUUUAGUUUGGGAUCAAAUGUUAGAUGUGCAAAUGAAUCUAAAGAUUUCAUAGACAAUGUUAAGACUGCCUUAGGUUCACUACCAUAUGAUGUCAUUUGGAAAUGGGAAAUAGACAUUAUGGAAAAUAAACCCGACAAUAUUCUUUUACAAAAAUGGCUACCACAACAAGAUUUAUUAGGCCAUCCUAAUGUUAGAGUGUUUGUGACGCAAGGAGGAUUCCAAUCUAUAGAAGAAUCGAUUGUGAAUGGUGUGCCUAUGGUGGUUUUACCCAUAAUUGCUGAUCAACAUUUCAAUGCCCAACGGAUGAAACAUUUAGGAAUAGCUAAAGUUUUGGAUAUUGAAACUAUGACCAGAGAUGAACUUAAAAAUGCUAUUAUUGAAGUAGCACAAACCAAGAAGUACAAAGAUAUUGUUUUGAAAUAUCAAAAAUUAAUGUUGGAUCAGCCAAAUACUGGUAUUGAGAAAGCAAUAUGGUGGAUUGAAUACGUGAUUAGACACAACGGAGCAUCCCAUCUUAGAUAUUCAGCCAUGGAUACGCCGUUUUACAAAUAUUAUCUUUUGGACGUAAUUGGGUUCUUUCUUGUCAUUUUUAUUAUUUUCUUAUUACUUUUGUUAAAAUUAUAUAAACUUGUCAAGUACUUUCCAAAGGCGGUUAUAAAGAAUAAAAAGAUUAAUUAGUUUUUAUUUUUAUUAGCAUCUUUUAAAAAUAGAUGACAGUUGAUAUUAAUAAAUAUAUAAAUAAAUUACAUUACGUCAUCGUA